GUGUCACCGCAAAGGUCGACUCCUGCCCUCGGAGGUCAACGAUAUCGAUGAUAGAAGCCACGAGUACGCACAACGAGGCCAGAAUAGAACCCAAUCUUCGAGACAUCAUCGGUGACAUGGAGAGAGACCAGGAGCGCAUUGAUGUAAGGGAAAAUCUGACAGUAUGCAAUAGGAUCGGUCAGCCUGGCGACACACAAUGCGGCCAAUUGUGCCAUGGGGAUUGGUGUUGCUGCUGCCUUGCUUUCCCUCUGCUCCUCGAGAGAAGAACCAUCAGUCAAGAGAGGAGUCGUCUCGUCGGAUGAUGGGGGCAUUAGGACAGCAGUGGGGGAGAGGUGGACCGAGGCGGCCUCUUAUAACGCUUCACUCUAUCCCAUCUCGUAAAUGCUGGAAGACCGAUUCAAUCUCCGCAAGCCGUCGAAGGUGAAAAGAUCCGGAGAUCAUCAACAGUCUUCCGAGGUGUUGGUAAACUGUCCAGCCAUUAGACGAAGUCAGAGAAGGGGGGUGCACAACAUGGAGGAACAUAUAUGACUUUGCCGAACUCAGCCGAGCUCGUUCCUUGUCUCCAGCCGUCACAACGCGCCACUGCUCAACCACUCCAUAUCCGCAAUCUACUUUUAUAUCAAUCCAUCCACACAAUCUUCGUUUCUUUGUUUACCAAUCUCUUGAAUUGAUGCCCUCCGACAACCCAGUCCUCGUCGCUCCACGGCCCAUUCGGUUCAAUACCCUUCUUGCCCGUAACCGAAUCUUGUCGGGACCGGAUCUUUUCGAACGUGCUCGUGUUUCGGAAGAUAUCUCAGACGCAGCCGAUGAUCGUAAAACUCCUGCCAUCUCUCUCAGUGACUCUGAUAAAGAAUUAUCUUCCCCGUCUGCACGUUCGUCCCCGAGGUCGCUUCCAACGGAAGCCCUCGAAGAGUUCCUUUCCAUCCUCCGACCGUCCUUCUUUCCGCCUUCCUCGCCUGUGCUCCUCACUCGGCGUCAUCCAGCCGUUUCUCUGCCGGCUCUUCAUCAGGAACGCCCAUACUCACGCAAGGGCCGGGCCCUGCUCCAGGAUUUGAGCGACGACCUUGACAUCGCGCGUUCCACUCAAUCCAGCCGUAACAUGUCCACGCCGGACGGAGAGACAUUCGACGACUAUGACAUGAAUACCAUUCCUGUGCGCUGGUUUGCUUCCAAUGUUUUAUGUAUGUGACCAUCUACUUGUGUCCUAUUUCUUACGCAUCAUUUCAGCCUCGCCAAUUUCACGCAUGAACACUCGUAACCCAUUCCAGCGGCAAUCUUAUGCAGACCAGUUAUCCCCGGGCUCGGUCUCUCCGAUCUCCCUCUCUCCGGCUGCCAUUCCGCUCCCACUGCCUUCCCCUGAAGAAUCUCUCUAGUCUGAGAAGCAUUGAUUCCCAAACCAAUGUGUUUUAGCCGCUAACACGCUGCAUGUAAAUUUUUGACCCUCCUGUAUCAAACCGGAUGUAAUUUCCUAUCCAAUAUCUACGCUGUCUAUAUUCGCCUAUGGUCUCUCGUUACGUUACUUACCUAUCUUACUGUCUCUACUAUUGGGUUCUUGAUUCACAUCGCAUCAUUCUGCCUGGUUUCCUUUGCGCCCAUGUGUUCCCGCCCUCUGCCAACGAUUGGAGAAUGUGUAUUGGGUCAUAAUCUUUUGGUCAAAGCCAAUUCGGUUGCCGCGGCGUAGCGGAUUAGCUAGAUCAGUCAUCACGUUCACGCGUGUUCAUCGAGGCUUGUUGCUUGCCUGCUGUAUCUCUCCCUCUCCUCCACUGAGCACGACUUCAGGCCUUGAGGCCGUGUCUAUUGCGUCACUGUUUUGUUGCAUACGCGCAAGCUCUUCCUCAAACCAUGACCGACCGAUAUUCGGACCAAGG